UAACCUUUCACCCAACUUCCCUGUUUUGCACGCGUUCUCACUUCUUGAAGUAACACUUGUUGACAAGACGUACUAGCUUUCAUGUCCGCUGUCAAAAUGAGAAAUAGACGACUGAAUACUGCGGAUAGCAAUGCAGACAGCACGCCCGAGUUAAAAGAGUCUAAACAGAGUCAGCGGAAAACAGCAAAAGGGCGACAGACGGGUUGUCGAUCUCUAUUGGUAUUGAGAACCAAGAGGAUAGCGUUGUUGCUGUGUACCGUCUACAUCUCAGUACCUGUCGUUGUCUACCUGUUUCCAUGGAUACUCGGUCAUGUCAUAUUUCUCCACCUGUUAAGGUUUCCAUUCUUUGCGGACCUCGCCAUCCCUUCAGAAUUCCUGAACUACACCACUAACUUCCACCUCUCACCAGAGGGGGGAGUCUCCGUGGGUGUGUGGCAUACUCUCCCUGUCAGCCAAUGGGAGCAGGCUGAAGGAAGAGGCCCAGAGUGGCACAGGGGAACCCUGGGAGAUGGCCGCCCAGUCAUUAUCUAUCUCCACGGCAACGCUGGGACCAGGGCACUCAGUCACAGAGUCAACCUGGUGAAGAUCCUGAGUGCAGCUGGAUAUCAUGUCUUGUCGCUAGACUACAGAGGGUAUGGAGAUUCUUCUGGGGAGCCCAGUGAGGCUGGCCUGACCACUGACGCCCUCUACCUGUACCGCUGGGUAAAGCAGCAGAGCAGAAGCCUGGUUUUCCUGUGGGGCCACUCCCUUGGCACCGGGGUGACAACCAAUGUUGCUCUGAGGGAACAGCAGCAAGGGUCACGUGUUGAUGCUGUGGUUCUGGAGGCUCCUUACACAAACAUGGGAAAGGCUGCAGAAUGCCACCCCAUCAGUAUGAUGUACAUGUUUAUUCCCGGGUUCAAGAGCUUACUCUGGAAGAUCUUAGAAAUGAACAACAUUGUGUUUCCUAAUGACAAAAAUCUGGAGACCCUGGCUAGCCCUGUUCUGAUCCUACACUCAGAGGACGACAACGUUAUUCCCCAUCACAUGGGACAGGAGCUGUACAACAUCGCACUCCAGGCUGAGAGGGCUAGAAACGCCGGCGGCCAUGUUGAGAUGGUAACCCUCCCUGCGUCCUUGGGUUACUCCCAUAACCACAUCUACAUGGACCCCAGCCUGACCACUGUGGUUGGGGGAUUUCUUCAGAGAGUAAAGCAGAAGUAAGCUCUUAUAGAACUUUGUGUUAAACACUUGAGCUUGUUGACCAUCCCCUCUACAUCUCCUGCAUCUUCCCUGUGUCGGUGUGCAACGUUUGGGAUAAAUGACCCACGUUAAAUGUAUUAACGACUGACCCACUGCAGUUUAUUAAAGUGAAAAAACAAUUUGAAGAA